UCCUCUGUCUAAUAGCAGCUGACUUCAUUUAUUGAAAAGCCUGAGCUCGAACGACUUCCUCAGUGCUUUGAAAGGUGUCUGCGGAUCACCUGCAGUAUUUUCCCCCUCAGCCGGUAGACUACACGGUCGGUGCUGUAUUCAACGUUUAGGGAGAGAAAUCACUGCACGAUCCCGGAGAGGCCGCCCAGUAGCACAGGUGAAAAGACCAUUUCCCGCAUUUGACUGAGGGACUGCAUCGGGAUAUUAGCGGCAGUGCGUCGCCUUAAUCGGUCUGACCGACUGACUGCCCUUUGGACUAAACGACUGGCCAGCGCUGCCCCCACUUGGAUCUCUGCCCUCGCUCCAUCCCGUCCGCCCCCUUCCUCCUCCUCCUCCUCCUCCCCCCCCCCCCACCUUUGUGCGGGAGAACCGUCCAGCACAUCAGCGGGUUCCAGCACCAGCCACGCCAGCCUGCCUGCCUGCGUUCCCCCCCCCCCCCCUCCCGGCUGGACCCACGGAGGGGCCUUCCCACGGGAACGCAGAGAGAGACAGAGAGAGAGCGAGAGAGAGUGUCCGGUGCCGUUGCCAGUCAAUUCCUCAACAUCCCCCUCCCGGGGACAAGUUUUGCACAGGAACACUUUAAGGACUGUUAGUCAUCAUGAGUGAAUUCUGGUUGUGCUUCAACUGCUGUAUCGCAGAGCAGCCCCAGCCGAAGAGGCGGAGGCGUAUCGACCGGAGUAUGAUCGGCGAACCCACGAACUUCGUCCACACAGCCCACGUGGGAUCGGGAGACCUCUUCAGUGGGAUGAACUCGGUUAACUCAAUUCAGAACCAAAUGCAGUCAAAGGGUGGCUAUGGAGGAGAACCCAUGCCAGUCAACAUGCAGAUGCAGCUGGUCGACACUAAAGCAGGAUAAAAUGUAGGCCCCCUGAGGUUCAGUGUGUGUUUCCUCAUCCUGAAGCCUUGCCUUGCCUUGCCCUGCUCUCCUUCCUCCUCCUCCUCCUCCUCCUCCUCCUCCUCUUCCUCCACCGCCUCAUCACCUUGCCUUCAGUGACUGCUUACAACCCACUCCUCCUCACGCAGCAGACAUCUCUGGACAGUGGCGCACUAAAAGCACUUACCGGAUCGAACGAGGCCACCCCAAGUGUGUGGGUGAUGUUUCCUCCCCACCAGAGGGGCCUUUCUGGCGCACAGGAACCAACAGGAGCAGCAUUCCCUUGCUUUCUCUCGCUCUCUCUCUCGCGCGCGCAUUUGUGCGUGCGUUUGCUCACGCUCGCGCUCUCUUUCAGUGUAUGUGUAUGUGUCUCCUUUGGAUGCUUGCAUGUCAUCUUGUCCCUGCCAGUGCUAAACGGUGUUAACGCUUCUUCUCUCUCUGUCUGUGAUGUUGCCGUGAGCGGUUAUUACUCUCUCGACAUGUAAUGUUUCGGAGGUCUGGAACCGACCAGUGCAAAUGUUUGAUAAGUUGUUGUCUGUUUCUUUUUCUCCUUUAUCUAUUUUUGCCAUGAACAGAAUAUUUCUUUUUGUACUUUGAGGUGGGCCGCCAGUAUCACACUAUGGGUUUGUGGGGAAAACAAUGAAAAGUGGCAUGCUGCGGUUUGCCAGUGCCAAAAUGGCUGUCGCUUCAAAAAUUAUGCUUUUAUAAAAAAAAAAAUACACAGAACAAAAAACCGACAAUAAUACCUUUGACCUUUGGGAAGUACAUUUUGACUCGGGCAAAAGUGAAUGCUGUUCAUAGGAAAUGUGAUUGUUUCUUCUUUGUUUACAUUUAUUUUUACUGUCCAUUCUUGUUUUAUUUUAAAAACAAAAUCUCCUCAUGGUGAUGAUAAAUGAUUGGAAUAAUAACUGACGUUGAAGUGCCUGGCUGGCACUUAACCAAAUCUCUGCUGUAAACAUUGUUUUCUGUAAACUUGACUCGAAGACUCCAGAGCUGUAGAGUGUACGCUGUACAUUGACGUGUAAAAUAUAUAUAUAUAUACAGUAUAUAUAUAUAUUUAAGUAUUAGUCCUCGGUAACAGUGUGGUUGUUACAUCUGCAUGGCAAAUGGUUCAAUUGGCCAUCAGACCUAGGGGAAAUAUACCUCUAGCCUGUUAUAUAGCCAAAAUCAGUCACUGUGUUCUUGAUCAUUGUACCGCAUUUUAUAAGGAACCAGAAACAAACCUCAUGUAGCAAAUGUCGUUGGUGGUCUUGAACAACAGAGACCACUGGCAAUACCUUGGCAAAUUCAUGCUGAGAAAAAGCUGAGGUGAUUGCCACAAACCAACAGGGUGAAUUUCCUACCAACUAGAAUAGGUGACAUUUUGCUCAGGUUUCAAUGCUAUGUUGUUGAACAAUUUUCAACAGAGAACUCAAUUAUUUCAUAUUGCACUGUUUUGUAACAUUAAAGUAAAAACAUAUCGAAAACACAGAGUACUAUACUAGAUGGACAUACUUCAAUAAGAGUCGAUCUUGAAAAAUGUAAUUAGAAUAUUUUUAAGAGGACCUUUUAACAAGAUGUAAAGAAGUUGUACAAUUGCUCUUCGUGGUACUCUGAAGGUGAUCUUUGUAAUUAAAGACACAUUUUUAAAAAAAUGUAUUUAAAUAAAUCAGUAUAUUUAACCAAAUAGCAGUAUCUGGUAGCAUAAUCUAAACCGGAGGGAUUAGGCUUCAGUAAUUCAAAUAGAGUCAAAUGGUCAAUAAUGUUAAAGAGGAUUGGGAGAUGACAACUAAAAAUCCAUGUCAGUGAUGUUCACCCCUGCUAAUAUCUGUCUUUUUGAAAGUGCUUUAUGUUUGUAAAUACUGUAUUUCUCGUGUGCCACACCCUGAGGUAUUGUAAUUUAUUUUUCCCUUUUUUGUUAUUGUUACUUCAACUUUUUGUACGGUUUAUUUCACAUUGAUUUUGAUUUUUUUCCUGACGUAUGCAUGUGUGUGUGUAUGCAGAUACGUAUGUACUGUAUGUACGUAUGUAUGUAUGGUUGUAUGUAUGUACUGUAUGUAUGUAUGUGUGUAUGUCUUACUUUUGUUGGAGAGACUGAUUUGGCAAUAUUUAUUUACUGACGCUAAAUACUUACUGGACUAAAACGAAGCUUCUAGUGGAUGGUUAAAAUGGUGUCCACCAUUUUGUAUGUUUGUACAAGGAGGAGACAGAAAAGCACAAUCGAGUAUAAUGUGGUCGAAACUGGUUUAAGUGGCAAUAUGGCAGAAGGAAAAAAAACUGGCCAAAGUUUAACGAAAACCAACAAUAAGAAUGCUAUCCACCUAUGUUCAAUCACUGCACGUCAUGAAUGAAUUUCAACUUCAGGGAAUUCACUCAGCUCUGAAAAAGCUGUUAAUCUUUAGAUUUCCAUCUUUUGUUUUGUUCGUUCACUUCCAUCCCAUGUUAAUGUGCACCCAGUGUCUGCUUAUAGAUUACAGAAUGUCCUCUGUUGAAAUAAAUAUUUUUUUCCAU